ACUUCCGGUUAUAAACAAAAGGCGGCUCGAUGAAGAGAGUUUGAAAAGAGCAUCAUGUAACUUGUGAUUUCUUUUUUUGAUGGUUUACUGAACUGAACAUAUCCCAGAAUUCUCCAACAUGAUAGAGAGCGUGCAGCUCAGACAGCGGGGGGCAUAUGACUUUGAGAGUCACUAUGAUAACCUCUGUGCCAUGCAGGAUUCCUGCCCCUUACCUGCCGUCAAAGCUCACCUGGCACAAGGUGUCCUUGACAUCAAUGGAGACAGGGUCAGGGUGAACGAUUGGGCGCCGAUCCUAAACACUACAAAGAUCAACAAAAGCCUGGAGUUCAUCGCAGUCCGGAGUUACUACACCCCGCCCUCGGAGGAGAAUGAGAAGAAGGCGUUGAUAGAGAAACGUAAGAUGCCGUCGAUCCGCUCCAAGGAGAUCACAUACCGCCUGUGUAAGGCCCUGAAGGAGUGUCUGUCCUGUACCCCCAACCUGGCAUGUCUGGAGCUCCAGGGCCUACCCCUCAGGGAGAGGGACCUACAGACCCUUAUAAAGGGUCUAGCAAAGAACGAGACCUUGAAUCAUUUGUCGGUGGAGUUCUGUAGAAUUGGUGAUGGAGGAUUGGAGGUGCUUUGUAAGGGCAUUAAGAACCAGACAUCCAUCAGCUCCAUCAAUCUGACCGGAUGUAGUCUCUCCUGGAAAGGGGCCGACGCCCUUGCUAAGGUCAUCAAGCACCAAGCUAUGAAGCGUCACAAUGAGGCGUGGAGGGACAGCCUCCGUUACAGAAAACCGGACCUUGAUCGGAUGCCGGGAAUCCGACGGAUAACCAUCAACAACAAUCCGAUGCUCGGAGACCAGGGGGCAGGGCUGCUAGCGGAGGCACUCAAGGAUGAUCUGUGGCUCAAAGCCCUGGACCUGCAGAGUUGUGGGAUCUCAACAGAGGGAGCACGGCAGUUACUGACCGUCCUAAAGUACAACACGACCAUAGUGGUACUAGAUGUCCGCAGGAAUCCCCUCAUAGAUCGAGAUGUUGUACACUCAAUCAUGGAACAGCUAAUGAUCAACUGCAAUGGACAAGAUACAGAGUAUAAGUGGAUCAAAGCCGACGAAGGGUUAGAUAGUGCUAAAAAGAAAAAGAGACGAACCAAGACGCUCAACUGUAGUUUCGGCAGGAAAACCACCAUCAGGGUGUCUGCCGGGGCUCAGAGAAGGAGAACUAAGUCGGCAAGUUCACUCGGGGUCACGCACAAGAUUCAGCCAAUCAGCUCCGAGGGAGUUAAGUCUGGGCCGGGCAUGCCCUGGAGAACUGCAGCAAGGGCGAACAGAUACAGGGGGUUUCCUCCGGAACACAUCCCCGGUAAGGCCAGCCUGUUUGAGAACAGUGAGGGGUCGCCCACCUCCUCCCCCGACCACACCCAGUCCAUCUACAUCAACGGGGAGGACGAGGAACUCGACACGCUGAGGGAGCUAGAGCGCCUCAAACUGGACGACAGUAACCUUGACACUGGGGUCGCCAGUGUCAAGGAACUUCAGAUUGAACUGAUUCAAGUUAAAAGAAAGAUGCAGCAAGAGAAGCUUGCCCGGGCACGUGCAGACAAAAGGGUCGUAGAGCUGACUCUGGACAACAAGAGAUUGAGGGAUGAGGUGCUGAGGCAGAAGGGACAGUCCGGGGGCAGCGUGCUGGACGACGACAAGGUCCUAGAGAGCAUCGAGGCGUCCUUCAAACAGUUCCACCAGUUCCUGGACCUCCUCAGAGAGGCAGGAUUGGGACAGCUUAUCACCAUGGCGGGAUUGGACCACAAGGAAUCUCCGUUCUCCCAGGGGCUGGCCCACACCAAGCAGCAGUCCGCCCAGAGAACCACUAAACCGCUGUACACCUCCAGCCCUUCAAAGAUCCCCACCCGCCCCGCAAAGCCCACAAUGAAAGCUUCCUACUUUGGUGAUAUCUCGGCUGUAGGGAGGGUGGGUACCUCUGCUUCAGGACCUAAGGGUGGAGAUAGCGAUGCCAACUUGUCCGCCUUCGACAAGAAAUUUCGAGAUUUCCACGACGGGUCUUUCAUUAACGAGGAAAAGUACAUGAGGAAUGUUGAUCCCACCAUGGAAGGGGAAUACCAGGACAGUAGUUAUGAUCGUGGGCCGAUGAAGAAAGACGAACUGUACGAGAGGAUUCUUCACGAGACGAGCGGAAUGUUUUCCCACAUGGGACAGGACAACUCCACCGUGGCGGACAUUUUUCCACCCAAAGAUAUAAGCCAGUCGGAAAAGAUGGACUUUUCCACCAAAGGGAGGGUUUCUCCAAGAGACAAAUCAGGGGAGCAGAACGGGAAAAAGCACGGAGAGGCGAGAAAAGACAGCAAGACGGAUCUGUUUUCCGAGGACCAUUCUCGCGGAUUACGAGAGGAAAUACUACAAGAUCUGCCUGAAUUCGAAACCAGCGAGACUGAAGUCUCUGAAUUACCCAGCAGGCCAAAGCCUCAGCCCAGGGGCAGGAAGCUCAGUGACGACGACAGCAGGGCUCGCUCAAAGCGAGACAAUCUGAGCGAGAAGGAAUCUCCGGAGCACAAGUCACGGAUGAGCGAUUACAACUAUAGCAUGGACAGUUUCGAUCAGUCUUACAUCAGUGAGAGAGGUGAACUUGUACAGGAUCUGAACCUGCUGGAGAGUAGGGGAUCACCUACCCCCGAAUUCAUUGACAGUGAGAAUGAGGACUUUUGAUUGGGCAGUGGGAUUUUUUUCAUCCCACCCCUUUUAAAUGAUUGACAGCAAGUUCAAAAUAGAGACAUAGUGAUUGACGACAAAAUUUGACUGUUUUAUAUAGUUUAAGGGUUACUUAAAGAGGAUGUACACAUGUACUAUGAGAAUGGAAAGGAAUGAAUAUGUUCUGUAAAUCUUUGUAGAUAUACAAUUUAUGAUUAUGAAAAACUAAUCUACAUAUGUAGAAUGUGCUUGUAAGAGAGAACAAGACAACCUUUUUGCAGACUACAAAACCUAAGUUUGUGUUGAAUGCAUUAUCACAGAGGAAGGGAGAUAACCUUAUCUUAUCUGUAUAGAUGGAUCUACCGUGUACUAAUUUUUUUCAAUACAUGGUAGCAUUGUCAUUUUUUUUGGUUUAACUUUUAUAAAAUGUAAAUAUUAGUACUCAUUUGAUCCGUCCAUGUUUUUCACUGUGAACUGUAUAGUUUUGUGCAGAAAUGCACCUAUUUUACAGGAAACUGCUUUUGUUUUCAAAUAUUGAAAAACAAAAAAUGUACAUUUUAUUUUUUUACAAGCUUGCCUCUGUAUAAAGAUCUGAAUAAGUUAAAUUUUUUUUUGUCUUUUGCAAAAAAACGAAUUUUCUUCUUAUUUAUUUAUUAACUUCUAAAUGCAUGUAAAUGUAUUUAUUUAUUUUUGAUGUUUCUUUUAUGCAUUUAUCAUUUUGAUAAUUUUUUCUCUUGCAACAUGUUCAUGUAUAUCUCCCCCUAACUUAGACAUUAUUGUAGAUGUUAUGCAAUAAAAGGAAAUUAAACCACAA